AUGAUUUUCUGGAUUUCUGGUGACAUUUCAGAAUUGAAUUUAAUCCCCGAAUAUCCGACAAAACUAAGAAGUAUUAAUUCCUUAUUCACUGAUCGUUCAUUGUUCCCACAAGAUGAGGAAAUUGGUGCUGGCGCAGCAUAUAUUGAAGUAGAUGCAAUGGAUUCAAUGGAAGUAGUUUGUCCAACAUAUAACAUGCAUGAUAAUACCAAUAACUAUGAGCAGCUCAUUGUUCAUCAGGUAUCUGACUUGUCAUUUAUGAGCUGUGAAUUGGACAGUCGUUCGCAGGCAUUUCUUAUCUGCGAUUCACCUUUAGCAACGACAUCUACCAGUCAUGUAAUUGUAUUUCACCAAUUUUCUCCUUUACCAAAUGGCUUCGAAUACCAGCCGGGCCGAUCAUAUUAUUUGAUUACAACAUCAAAUGGAUCUGCAGAAGGCAUAAAUAACACUCGGUUGGGACUUUGUGUUACUGCAAAUAUGAGGUUGCGUAUUGAUGUUCGACCUUUGAGUGACAAUUCUUACUUAAAUUCUGAAGAAGGUACUUAA